CCUAAGGCGAGUUCUGCUUCAAAACUAAAAUGACGUCAACCCAAUUAAGCAAAUGUAGCCGAUUAAAGAGCAGGACUGUGUUUUCACACACAUAAGUGAUUGCAACAAUCUAGUGUCCCACGCCGCACCCGAAUUCACCGAGUACAGACCGGUGCCCCUCUGCUCAACCUAAACGAAUCCGCCUUGCGUGUUUGUCACCCGGCCCCCUGACACACUCACACUCACCCACCACGUGUUGUAUGUUGUUGUAAACUAGAGCUCCUGAUUCAAGUCACGCAACGGAAGAUGGCGGACCAUUCGAAACACGAAGAAUUCACGGAGCUGCCAGACCUUAGCGACUUUCUCGGAGAGGACCCCUACCUAGCACCAUACCAACAAGACUUGUGUCGAAGGUAUCAGCUGUUCACUAAGAGUUUGUGUAAUCUGGAGGAGGCUGAGGGCAGUAUCGAUGUCUUCACCAGGAGCUACGUGUUCUAUGGAGUACACCGACAAGCUGACAACAGCCUGAUGUUCAGAGAGUGGGCUCCUGGAGCACAGGCUCUGUACCUCACUGGAGACUUCAAUGAAUGGAACAGCAGGUCCCAUCCAUACACCAGCAAGGAGUAUGGGAAAUGGGAGCUUUCCAUCCCUCCGAAGACAGAGAGUUCACCUGCCAUCCAACACCGCUCCAAACUCAAGCUAGUGGUGCUGACAUCAGAAGGGGAGGAGUUAUACCGGAUCUCUCCAUGGGCCAAGUACUGUCACCAAUCCCCGGACUCCAACACUUAUGACUGGAUACAUUGGGACCCGUCCAAACCUUUUGUGCACCAACACCAGCGUCCCAAGCGGCCCAGGUCUCUGAGAAUCUAUGAGGCUCAUGUCGGCAUCGCCUCGCCAAAGGAGGAGAUCGCCACCUACACCAAUUUCACCCUCAAUGUCUUGCCGAAGAUCAAAGACCUGGGUUAUAACUGUGUCCAGCUGAUGGCCAUCAUGGAACAUGCAUACUACGGAAGCUUUGGAUACCAGGUCACCAACUUCUUUGCUGCAUCCAGUCGUUUUGGUACCCCAGAGGACCUGAAGAGGUUAGUGGACACCGCCCACUCCUUGGGGAUCACUGUACUAUUGGAUGUGGUCCAUAGCCACGCCUCUAGCAACACGGCUGAUGGGCUGAACAGGUUUGAUGGGACCGACUCCUGCUUCUUCCACUCCGGACCCAGGGGACACCACAAACAGUGGGGCUCACGCCUCUUCAACUACCAGAGUUGGGAAGUAAUGAGGUUCCUUCUGUCUAACCUGCGGUGGUGGAUGGAAGAGUAUCUUUUCGAUGGAUUCAGGUUCGACGGUGUCUCCUCCAUGCUCUACCACCACCACGGCAUUGAUAUGUCUUUUUCUGGUGGGUACAGUGACUAUUUUGGGAUGCACGUUGAUGAGGAUGCCAUCAUCCAACUAAUGCUCUCCAACCAUAUCCUACACACAUUCUAUCCUGACUGUAUUACCAUCGCUGAGGAUGUGUCAGGUAUGCCAGGAUUGUGUAAAUCUUUGAAGAAGGGAGGACUGGGGUUCGACUACCGACUCAACAUGGCUGUACCCGACAAGUGGAUUCAGAUAAUGAAAGAGUUGAAGGAUGAAGACUGGGACAUGGGUAACAUCGUCUACACGCUGACCAAUAGGAGAAAGGGGGAAGGAUGUAUCUGCUAUGCUGAGAGCCAUGACCAGGCCCUGGUGGGUGAUAAGUCCCUGGCGUUCUGGCUGAUGGAUAAGGAGAUGUACACCAACAUGAGUUCCCUGGUCCCCAUGACACCCGUCAUCGACCGGGGCAUUCAGCUCCACAAGAUGAUCCGCCUCAUCACUCAGGCACUGGGCGGGGAGGGAUACCUCAACUUCAUGGGCAAUGAGUUUGGUCAUCCAGAGUGGCUGGACUUUCCCAGGAAGGGUAAUGAUGAGAGUUACAGGUUUGCCCGUCGUCAGUAUGACCUGUUGGAGCCUGAGAACAACCUGCGCUACACUCAGCUGUACGCCUUUGACAGAGACAUGAACCGCGCCGAGGAAAAAUAUGGAUGGCUUGCCUCAGAAAAGGUUUUGGUGACCACAGCGGAUGAGAAGGACAAGGUGAUCGUGUUUGAGAGAGCCAACGUCCUGUUUGUGUUCAACUUUCACCCCAGUAACAGCUACAGCAACUACAGGGUGGCUGCCAGCCAGGGAAGAUAUUGUAUCCAGCUGGACAGCGAUGCAGAGCAGUACGGAGGUCAUGGCCGACUGGAGACCAGCACUGAAUUCUUCACCCAGCCGGAAUCCUUCAGAGGUGUCAACGGCCAAUGGAUGCCUCACUCCAUGAAGGUCUACAUUCCCUGCCGGACAGUGAUCGUUCUGGCCAAAGAGGACAUAGAAUAGUGUUCAUAAGUUAUAGGGCUUAGGUUAGCAAGGAGGUGGGCUGUUGUCCUGUUGGCUGGAUGGUGGAUGGUACCAGGCAUCGCUGAACUGAAACUCCCGUACCAACUGGAACCGCCAUCCCAGCAACCACUAGUCCAGAGGACUAUGACAUCACCCUUCUGGUGUUCCAGGGAUGUCCGAAGGACAAUGACAUCACCUUCUUGUGUUUCAUUUUGUUUUCCAGGUUAGUCAUAGCAAAUGAUACAGCUUUAAGCAGUUUAAAGUGUUCCAGGGCAUUUCAGUAAAAGUUACACACCCACACACUGGGCAUCAUUAAUGUAAAGGAUCCAAGUGACUUUAAGUGUCUGACUUGUCUUAGAUAUGCAUAAAUGCCUUGAUUACCCACCCCCACAAGGCUCGGUGGUUGUACACUAGAUAGCAGAGUGCACACUGGUCUGCCAUUUUGUGUCUUUUUAAUGUGUAGGACAACAGAAAAACAGUUACCAUUUUGUGUCUCUUUAAUGUGUAGGAGAACAGUAGAAAUGUAAUACAAUUUUUAUUGUGUCGGACAGAAGAAAACAGUCACCAUUUUGUGUCUCUAACGUAUAGGAGACCAGUAGAUAACAGUUACCAUUGUGUCUUUACAGUGUAGGAGAACACAGUUUGUAUAUUAAACUGUGUUUAGGUUAAUCUUUAUCUGUUGAAUUUCUUCAUAAUAAAUAUAAUAGUAUAUUAUGGAAAACUAAGAACUGUUUAUAAUAUUGACAAUAAAUACACAGGGACCCUUA